AUGACUUACGUUCGAAUAUAUGAUAGUAAGAAAAAGCAUGAUACUUGCCUGUUUCUUAAACAAGAUAAUAUUAUUCGAAAAGAUUAUUUUAUUGGGACAUUUCCUGGUGCCACGGGAAUAUUAUAUAAAGACGAACAAUUGAAUGCAUAUGUUUCAAUACCAAGAGAUAGUGAUGGAAACUUUCAAUUUGAAUGGGAUCAAAAUGUUGUUUAUCAGUUGAUCUAUGUUGAUGGUAUGAAAAUUUAA